ACCACGUCUCUAUGUUGUCCUCCUCCUCACCCUGCCUUUGGGUUAAAGGAUAUAUACCACCUCACACUUCUAUCUUUGGUUCCUAGAAAGCUUGAGUUUGUCUAAGUGCUUGUUGCGUUCUCCUCUUCUUUUUUUAUUUAUUUUUUGUUUUAUUUUUUUGGGGAGCUGAUUCUUCUCAAUUUGCCACAGCGCUACCUCUUUUUUUCUGUCCUUUUUAUCCAUUUUUCUUCUCUUUUUUUGUGUGUGUGACACCUUAGCAUUCCCUUUGAAGUGAGCCAGGCAAAGCAAAGAAGGGAGAGAGAACAUAGCUGUUCUUCAGUGAAGUCUUUCUUCUUAAAUCAACACAAACUCAGGUCUAUUACUUGUAUUCCAUACCUCAUCUCUAUUUGCUUCCUUCCUACCUUCCAUCCUCGCCUCCAUUGACUCUUGACUCUAUCCUCCAGGCAAUAUGUCCACCCCGGUCUCCCCUUCCCCGUCUCUCUCCCCAUUGACACUUGCCUCCCCUACAUCAGCAAACUCCACCGGUUCCUCCCCUUUGCCCUCGCCCCUCUCCCCUCCACCCAGGGUGCCGGUGUUUCAGAGGAAGGGAGCGCUCAAACACAAGAGGAUUGUCGAGGUGAAAGACCAUCAGUUCACCGCCCGCUUCUUCAAACAGCCCACCUUCUGCAGCCACUGCACUGACUUCAUCUGGGGCAUUGGCAAACAGGGAUUCCAGUGUCAAGUGUGCAGUUUUGUGGUCCACAAACGAUGUCACGAGUUUGUGACCUUCACUUGUCCAGGUUCUGUGACGGCGCCCAGGCCAGAUGACCUGAAGAGUCGACACAAGUUUAAGGUGCAAACCUACUCCAGUCCGACCUUCUGUGACCACUGCGGCUCGCUGCUGUAUGGCCUUAUACACCAGGGCAUGAAAUGUGCCUGUUGUGACAUGAACGUCCAUCGACGGUGUGAGACCAGUGUCCCCAGUCUCUGCGGCCAGGACCACACAGAGAAGAGAGGAAGAAUCCACCUGACUGUUAGAGGAGAGAGCGAGGACGUCUUUGUCACAGUGCGGGAGGCUCGUAAUCUGAUGCCCAUGGAUCCAAACGGCUUAUCAGACCCGUAUGUUAAACUGAAACUGAUCCCAGACCCAAAGAGCCACAGCAAACAGAAGACAAAGACCAUUCGCUCCACACUCAAUCCUGUCUGGAAUGAGAGUUUCACUUUCUCAGUGCGUGGCCACCAGUGGGACAGACGACUGUCUGUGGAGGUGUGGGACUGGGACCGCACGUCCAGGAACGAUUUCAUGGGAGCGCUGUCGUUCGGAGUGAGCGAGAUCUUCAGGCGUCCCAUCAGCGGCUGGUUCAAACUCCUGGCACAAGAUGAGGGAGAGUACUACAACAUCCCUGUGCCAGACCCAGACCUGCAGGAGCCUCAGCCAGAUGCGACAGCAGCCUCUCUGCCUCAAGCGAUGCCUGCCCCUCUGUGUGAACCUUUCCCCACUAUCCUGUCCCCGACCCCGGUCUCGCCCUGUCCACCUGUCCACGCCCCAGGCCCCAGCAAGGUCAAAGUGGGCAUCCAUGACUUCAACUUCCUCAUGGUGCUGGGCAAAGGCAGCUUUGGCAAGGUGUUGCUGGCGGAGGAGCGAGGCAGCGAGCGUCUCUUUGCAGUGAAAGUGUUGAAGAAAGAUGUUCUCUUCCAGGACGAAGACACAGAGAGCGCCCUGGUGGAGAGGAGGGUCCUGGCGCUCUCCUCACGCCCUCAUUUCCUCACAUCGCUCUACUGUGCCUUCCAGACCGAGGACCGACUAUAUUAUGUGAUGGAAUAUGUCAAUGGAGGAGACCUGAUGUUUCACAUUCAGAUAGUUGGCAAGUUCAAAGAGCCUCAUGCAGCUUUUUAUGCAGCAGAAGUAGCGGUCGGCCUGUUCUUCCUCCACAACAAAGGCAUCAUCUACAGGGAUCUAAAGCUGGAUAAUGUGCUGCUCGACAGCGAGGGCCAUAUAAAGAUAGCAGACUUUGGGAUGUGCAGGGAGGGCGUCUUUGAGGACGACACCACUCGCACCUUCUGUGGUACACCUGACUACAUCGCCCCUGAGAUUGUGGCAUAUCAGCCCUACAAUAAAGCAGUGGACUGGUGGUCUUACGGAGUGCUGUUGUAUGAAAUGCUGGCAGGACAGCCACCAUUUGAUGGUAUUGAUGAAGAGGAGCUGUUUCAGUCCAUCAUGGAGCAGAGCGUCUCAUACCCAAAAAGUCUCUCUCGUGAGGCUGUUGCCAUCUGCAAGGGGCUCCUGACAAAGAACCCAGCAAAGCGUCUGGGAGGAGCAGAGGACGCAGAGAGAGAGAUUAGGGAACAUCCGUUCUUCCGCUGGAUUGACUGGGAUCGUCUGGAGAGACUGGAGAUGCCGCCGCCCUUCAAACCCAGAACUGGUGGAAGAAAAGGUGAAAACUUUGACCAGUUCUUCACAGCAGCUCCGUCAGCUCUCACUCCCUCGGACCCGGAUGUUCUAGCAGCCAUCAACCAGGAGGACUUCCAGGGAUUCUCCUUCCUCAACCCAGACUUUGCCCCCUCGCCACUCACUGCUGUUUGAAAUUAGCUCUCACACACGUUCCCAAGAACCCUAAACUGCUCUGUAAGCCACCAUUAGACACUUGUCAUCAUCAAAUUCUGACGUUUACAUGAAAAUGCCAAGGCACCUUUAUAUAAUAUAUAUCCUCUCUCUUUGAUGUGUGUAUAUCCUCUUAGUAAUCUGUAUUUUGCAAAUGCCAGUAUUCUAGAGAUCCAUUUUUCUUUAAGAAAACCCUGCAGUUGAUUGAAGUCUGUAGUGCGUGACGUUGAAAUAUAAACAGAUGUCUGUUGGAUUCAAAAUCGAUGGUCAGUGAGUUCACACAGUGCUGAUUAAGCGGCUCGCCGCGACUCUCUUUGUUUUCCUCAGUACAGCGGCGUUUGAAUCCCGCGUCACACGUGAAUCCUCCUGCUCGUCCAGCGGUUGGACAGGACGAGUGCUUCCUGUCCCCACCUUCCCCCCUUAGCUGCCGCUGUAUACACACAGUCGCCGUCAUUUUUCAGAGAAUAACACGGGAUACAAACAACGUUACAUCCUUUCUGUUCACGAAGAACAAAGAGAGGCAGCGACAACAUCAGCAACGUUACGCAGUGCAGCUUUGAGACUAGUGUAGUAUGACUGUAGGAUGACUACACACUUCACCUGUAUGCAUGCACUCUUUACAUUUAUCCAUAGGGUUGAUUCUUCUAGAGAGAUAGAACAUUUAUUUUCAAACCUUUUUCCAUUUUGGUUUUGUUAGAAUUGUCUUGUUUUCUCAUAAGAAUGAAAUGUAGCUGCACCUCCUGGACGCAGGCAAAACACGUCAAGUCAAUUAUUCAAUACUUCCCAUUUCAGUUAAGUCAUUAAUAAAAGUGUUUCUUAAGA